AUGCUACCAGAAGGGAAACUGCAGAACGUGAUGCGUAACGAGUUUAGCGCAGAAGACGCUGCAGGCUGGAGGCCCUUGUGGUUGGUACGUUAUGCGGAAUACUACAAGAAUCGGGGAGUGGUGCGCUCCAAAGGCUACACGUUUUUUGCUGAGCGCGAUCUUUCCGCUUCCGUGGCUACCACUGGGGACACUGCUACAUCAUCUGCAAAUGGAGACCAGCGUACCUCCUUCUGA